UCUGCAUGAAGCUGACCACUACAACCUGACCAGGACAGAUGAGAGAAGAGGCAGCAGGGAUGGGAGGAAGGUGGCAGCCUCAAAGCCUCCCUGGAGGAGGUGGAGGUAGCCUGCACAGCAUGAUGAAGAGGUGUCUGGUGACUCUAAUAGGGUCAAGGUUGGGGAGGGAGAUGAGUUCUGGGGGCUGAGACGGAGGUGAAGAAGCAGUGGGGCUUGGAACAACUACAGAAACAGCAAGCCAGAGGCAAUGAUUAGAAGGAAUCCCAAGAAUCCAGACAAAUGACUGAACCCCGAAGACCAGUUUCAGACCAUCCCAGUAACCAUGCAAAUGUGGUAGGAGCUGGAAUAAGGAAAGCACUAUCCAGAGGAUACGGGAAAUGUGGAGUUCUGGGGCCUUCCUGGUGACCUGGAUUCUCCUCUUGGGAGUGGGCAGAACAGAGCAUUUCUACCGGCCAGGCCGUAGGAUAUGCUCCAAAGCAGCUACCAAGGAAACUGUCCCCAUCACAGAGUCCUAUAUCCAGAGGGUCUACCAGCCCUAUAUCACCAUCUGUGAAGACCAUAGAGCUUGCAGCACCUAUCGGACCAUCUAUAAAACUGCUUACCGACACACUUCUCGGACCAUCUCCCCACCACCAUAUACUUGCUGCCCAGGCUGGAGAAGAAGUAAUGGGCUCCCUGGUUGUGGCACAGCAAUAUGCCAAUCACCUUGUCAGAAUGGAGGAAGCUGUGCCCAGCCUGGUAGAUGCAGAUGCCCUGCAGGGUGGCAAGGAGACACUUGCCAAAUAGAUGUGGAUGAGUGUAGUCAACCUGGUCAUGGCUGCCCCCAGAAAUGCAUCAACAUUCCUGGGAGUUACCACUGCCAGUGCCAGGAGGGAUACGAGCUAUCUUCGGAUGGGAGACUGUGCCAGCCCCAGAGUGGUUCCCCAGGAGUGACCUCAACUCUUUGUCCCACUGGGCAGCCUCAGCCAGAGGCUUCUGAUGAAAUGAAAGAAGAAAUGCAAAAGCUAAGGAGUCGAGUGGAUAUGUUGGAGGAGAAGCUGCAGCUGGUGCUGGCUCCCUUCCAUAGCCUGGCACCCCAGGCCUCAGAGGAUGGGCUGUCUGCUGACCACAUCAGCCUUCUGUCCCACUCUUUCCAGCAGCUGGACCGGAUUGACUCCUUGAGUGAACAGAUUCUGUUCCUGGAGGAACGGCUAGAGACCUGUUCCUGCAAGAAUAAACAAUAAGAGACGGCCAGCUAAGUCCAGAGGCCUCACCUGGCAGGGGGUGGAGCCAAGGCCCCAGAAUGUGACCACAGGGAACCUGCUACAUCUUCUCCUUUUAAAGAUGUUUGUAUUGAGUAUAAAUCUCAAGCCACAGACCACUAACCCUCUUCAAGAAAGUCCUCUGGGCACCUUCGCACAAGCAGACCAAGCAGCAGGCUGCCGGAUAGCUUGUGAUAUUAGGGUGAAUUGAGACCCAGCCACUUAUAGCCUUCUUCUGUGACCCAACCUCACCAACUCCCCAUUCCUCCUUUUCCCUCAGCGUUGGUGGGACUUGGUCCCCCCGUCCUGUUUCUGGAGAGAAGAUAAAAAGCUCCCCCCAUCUCAGUGGGGUUUACGUAUUCCCCCCAGCUCGGGAAAGGUAGGCACCAAGGAGCUAUGAGGGCAUAGGUCAGAUCAGAAGCCGGUCUAUCAGGGACAGUUUGGGAGAGGCAACAUUUAGAACUUGGGAAAAGCAACCAUGAGAUAGUGGCGGGGGGCGGGGAACACCCCAACAACAACAACAAGUGGUUUGGAGUAGGGAGCCUGGAUUUAAAUCUUCCUUCAGUUACUUACUGUGUAGUCUUGGCCAAGACGCUUAACCAGUUUCCUCAUUUAUAAAAAAGAGAGAUAGGUUAAGUGAUCCCCAGUGUUUCUUCCUGCUCUAUAGCCUUUGAUCCUUCAGCUCCAUGAGAAGAAAGAAAGAAGAAUCCUAAAUUCUGAGGCCGUGUAAUAGAGCAUAAGGCAUGCUGCAGUCAGGAGAGACCUGGGUUCAGAUCCUGCCUCUGACAUGUGUUAGUGAGGCCACUUAAUCUCCAAGAUCCUCAGUUUUCCCUUCUGUAAAAUAGGGAUGACACCUGAAAUGACCUCCUUCAUAGGGUUGUGAGGAUGGAAGCAGAUUAUGUCUACAAAGCACUUUAUAAGCUUUCAGGUGCUAUCUAAAUGACAGCUAUUGGAGUCAUUCCCUACAUGUAUGUGGAGAUUAUAGGCCCACAAUACCUAGGAGUUGGAAGGUUCCUUAGGGAUCGCCCAGUUCAAUCUCCCCUCCAUAAUACCCCAAGAUGGAGCACAUCCUGAGCUGCCAGCAAGAGAAUGUGAGCUAAUUUCUCCCUUCUACAGUGGGGAUGAGCUGACCCAAGCCAUGCAGUAUUUCCUAUUCCCCGAUGUUAUCAAACAGCCCACAAAAAAUUGUGUGACAUCAAGUUGAGCAUGCAGUCUGUGUUUAAGGAGUUGGUCUUUUCUUUUUUUCCCCCCACAUGAAUCUGAUCCAGGAAUCAAGCUCACAACCUUGUCCCCAUUUGUACUGUGACCUGAGCCAAGGGUAGUGAGCCCCAUCUUGAGUCUUGAUUGGCCCCAACUCCAGUGAUGUCCUUCCCUCCCUCCUCCUCUUAAAGCUGCUCCCUACUUGGACAGCAGCCCCUGCCUCUGGUACAACCAAUGCCAAAUUCUAUUCUAAGCUUGUGUGUGAGGGCAGCCCGCCCACAAGCAAGGGGAUGACUCACCCAUUCGUCAUCCAGGACCUAGCCAAGAGCAAGCUGUCCACGGGAUCCGGGCGAAGGUACACGAUCUCUUCUGCACUGACCUUCUGCUACCAUUCUGGUGUCUGGCUUCUAGCUUCAGGACAGGAAGGAAGAAGGGAGGCCAUUCCCUAACCCUCCGCCCCCAACUCAGGGAAGUUAAGAGGGCAGCAGUGCCCAGUGGAUAAAUUAGUACAAUUGUAGCUCACUGCCUCUCAGGACCGAUCCAUCCAGAAGCAACUGGUAUGUGUUUAAUGCUGAGUCUAGUCUAACCUUUGUAAAAAUAAAAAUCAAACUGUUA